ACAUUAUGUGAGGCCCCGCCCCAUCAAUAAUAAUAAUAUAUUGACACAGAGAGACAGCAACCGCUGACAGAUAUUCUGAUAUUCUUCAGUGAUCGGAGUAAUGGAGGCGAGCGAAGAGGCAGAGAGCGCGGCGCAGCAGCAGAAUAACGCGGCGCAGAGACGCGCGGAGAUCCGCAGGAGGAAGCUUCUGUUGAACUCCGAGCAGCGCAUGAAGAAGAUCGUGGGCUUCAGUAAGAGCGACGCAGAUGCAGCCAGAGUCCUGGAGCCGCGUCUGCAGCUGGAUCUGGACGGGAUGGAGACCUGCUCCUCCAAGAGGCUGUCUCCGCUGCUGUCCGAGUCUCUGGGGAGCGUUUCGGAUGAAGCGGCGUCUGAGGAGGUCCGGCAGCGGCUGGCAGCAGACGAGCGCUCGGCGUCUCCUCGCAGGGGUCUGCAGAAGUACCUGUCCCGCUUCGACGACGCCAUGAAGCUGCGAGGACAGCUGUCUGCAGAGAAGACGUCUCAGGACGGCGGCGGCGAGGAGGAGCUGGACUCGUUCAGUCUCUUCCGGCUCGUCUGCAGCAUCACUCUGGCCAUCUUCGUGCGCAUCUUCGUCUGCCAGUAUCUGUCCAUCUUCGCACCGUUCCUCACUCUGGAGCUGGGCUUCAUGGGAUUGCACAAAUACUUCCCAAAGGUGGAGAAGAAGAGUCAGACCACGAUGCUGACGGCCGCGCUCCUGCUGUCAGGGAUCCCCGCUGAAGUCAUCAGCCGCUCCAUGGACACCUACAGGAAGAUGAGCGACGUCUUCUCUGACCUCUGCAUCUACUUCUUCACCUUCAUCACGUGUCACGAGCUACUGCUGCUCUUCGGCUGCGACGCGUCCUGAAGAUCCAACAGUCCUUCAUCUUCUGUUACCCAUCUGGCCAUGAAACUGCGCAGCUCCUGCAUCUCAGCCGACAUACUGUUCCUCAUUUUAACGUCCUUCUCCAGUCCUGUUUCAUGUAGUGUUCAGAGAUGUUAGAGAUGUUCAUGUUGACCACUGUGAAACUAGUAAAGGUCUGAGCAGAGAGCCCUGAUGCUCUAAUAUCAA